CUCUGACCUUUAACCCCAGACGACGUGGACACGUGGUGUAGUUGUUUCCAUGUGGGUUGAGUUUACUGUUUUAGUUCUGUAAAUUCGUCUCGCUAUCAAAUAUUAAAAGUAGCAGCUGCAGUCAAAGUAUGCCGGGAGAAGCAGAGUUAAAGAUAAAUGAGAAGUUCGCUCAAAAGUACGAACGGUACCGGCAGAGAGAGGAAUUGCAGCGAUUGAAAGAUCGCUAUGGAGAGCAGGCGGAUGACGAUCAAUCCGAUUCUUCCGAGUCCGAAUCUGAUGACGACAGCGAAGUGGAACUUGACACCAACAUUGAAAGGGAUUUUUACAGAACCCUUUCUUUGCUGAAAAAGAAGGACCCCAAGAUUUAUCAACAGGAUGCUACAUUUUAUACAUCAGAAGAUUCCUCUGCCGUCCCCCAGCCAUCAACAUCGAAGAGGAGUGAGAAGCCGAUGUUCCUUAAGGAUUACGAGCGCAAAGUCAUCUUAGAGAGGGGCGGUAAAUAUGAGGAUGACGACGAUGAGAGUGAUGAAGAAGAGGUCUCAAAGAGGAUGGAGAGAGCCGCUUCACCCAGUUACAUCCAGGAGCAGAGGCAGUUGAAGGAAAGCUUCCGGAAGUUUAUUCAUGACAGUGAUGAGGACAGCAGUGAGGGGGAGGGAUGCUCUCAGCUGUUGAUGCGGAGGAAAAAAACACAAGAAGAGAAGGAUAAAGAGGAGGCAGAUUAUGUGGAGUGGCUGAAGGGACAGGCAGAGCUGGAGGCGGCUGAGGAGGUGCAGGACAUGACAUACCUGAAGGAGUACUGGAAUGACCCCCAGCUGGAUGAGAAGGAGAAGUUCCUGCGAGACUACGUCCUCCAUAAGGGCUACCUGGAGGAAGACGAAGAGCAGAUCCCCACGUAUGACGAUGUGGUGCAGGACGAGGUCGAGGACUCGGAGGAGGAGGGCCACUCUUUCCUGGAGCGGCAGGAGGACUUUGAGAGGUGCUACAACUUCCGCUUCGAAGAGCCGGAUGCCCAAGAAGUCAAGACGUACCCCCGUGUUAUCGCCACUUCUGUCCGCAGCAAGGAUGAGAGGAGAAAACACAAGAGGGAGGAGGUGAAGGAGAGGAAGAAGAAGGAGAAAGAGCAGAAGCGGGAGCAGCUGAAGCAGCUGAAGAAUCUGAAGCGGAACGAGAUCGUGGAGAAGCUGCGUAAGCUGCAGGAGCUGACGGGAAAUGCGCAGCUGGCCUUCAGUCAGACCGACCUGGAGGGCGAUUUCGACCCCGAGCAGCACGAUCAGCUCAUGCAGAAAUUCUUUGGUGAGGAGUAUUAUGAUGUAGAAGAUGAGGAAAAACCUGAGUUUGAGGAAGAGGAUAUGGAUGAGCAUUGGAACUGGGACACCUGGACAGGUGAAAGGGAUGAGGAAGAGGAUGAAGAGGUAGAUGAGGGUUACCAACCUCACUGUGAAGACACAGACUUUAUCAUGGACGCGGACUAUGACCCCAGCCAGCAGUCGGCCUCCAAGAAGAAGAAACGGAAAAAGGAGAAGGUAGAGAGGAAGAGUAGUCAGAUGACCAAGGCAGACGUCCCCUUGAUGGGGAAGAAGAAGAAGAAAUCUCACUUUGGCAGCGUCCUCGCGCAGAGCAAGCCCAUCUUUGACCCCCAGGAGAAGACUUUUCAGCAGUACUUAGACGAGUAUUACCAACUGGACUAUGAAGACAUCAUUGAUGACCUGCCCUGCAGGUUUCGGUACCGGCAGGUCGUCCCAAACGACUUUGGCCUGACCACAGAGGAGGUCCUGGGUUCCGACGACAAGGAGCUGAAUCGCUGGUGUUCGCUGAAGAAGACGUGCAUGUUCAGGUCCGAAAGGGAGGAGCUCUGCGAUGUGAAAAACUACAAGAUCAAGGCCCAGAAUGACAAGAAGAAGAAGGAUAUCUUGAGCUCCCUUUUCAAGGAUGAGAAUGAAGCUGAGGAACAACUGAAGGGAAAAGCCAAGGUGGGGAAGAAGAGGAGAGAUCGGGUGAGGAAGGCGGACGGCGCAAGGGAGGAGGAAGAUAUCAGCAAGGAGGACACCACGCCUGUUCAGGAGCCAGUGGCAGACCAAGCUGAAGGAGAUGUUCUCAAAACACUGAUAGACACAGGAGGUGAAGACAGCGAAGGGGACGAGUUCCUGGUACCUAAGAAGAAGACAAAAAUGGAGGAGAGUACUGAGGGUGCUAGUGAGGUUAAACCAGGGCACUCUGCUGAGAAGCCACAGUGGCUCAAGAAGAAGCACAGGCACCCGGGUGGACGCCUCUUGUUGGGGUCCUUCAGGGUGAAGAUGGGUGGCAAGGAGUUCAGUGGGCAGAGACUUAAGGCCUAUGGGCUAAACCCUAAAAGGCUGAGAUACAAGCAGCUCAGCCGACAAAAGCGAAAAGCUGAGGGCAAGAAGAUGGAAAAACAUAAGGAAUGAAAGUCUAGGUGGCUGGAUUGCUGUUUUUUCCCCCACCCUCUGUUCCCUGGAUGUGGACCUACUGGGUGUCAAACUGACUUGGCUAUGCUGAUCAAGCCAUCGGUCUGUCUCCUAAUGAAAGCUGUCUUCCAUUAUAUGAAGAACAUAAGAACUUCUCCCCUGACGUCAUAACCUCAGUACACAAUUCAGCUAUAUUAAAGCAGAAGUGCUCCGCAUUUAGUCAGAAGGGAUUUUUAAUUACUGUGUUCUGUCAAUGAUAGAAUGAGGUUUAUUCUUGUCGUGUAGCCUUGCUGACUCUAAAUGGGUGACUUUAAAGGACACGUCGAACAAUAAGCAUUUUGUUAAUAUUUGUUACAUUUUUGUAAUUGGUAUGUUGUCUUUAUUAAAUUCUAUGGUAAUUCAAGGAAAUAUAUUUGAUGUCCCUAUAUAAUGAUUCUGUAUUAGUAUUUUAUUACUGGGAAUGUACAACAUUAAGUAAAAAAAAAAUCUUUUCUGAU